ACGCGACCUUCUCGCUCAGUUGUUCGGGCGAGUCUAGUGUAUAAACAUACCCACCCCACAGGAGCGCCAAGUGUUCAGAAGAAAAUUCGGGAGGGGAUUCUAAUAAAUCAGUCAAUACAGUCUCUCCUAAGUGACAUUCAUCAUGGCGCUCCGGAAGAACUUAGUAGUGAUUGGGAUCAUGUUUUUAUUUCCAGUCGCCUUCGCAGAAGACAGUGAACAUUACUUGAGGCUGAUGGACAAUUUCGAUCAGAUGAUUAGCCAGCUGCAAGAGGAUAACGAGAUCCACAAGAGGGAACUGAACGAUCUCAUAGACAAGAACACCCAGCUUCUGAGAGACCUGAUCGCAGAGCACCUGUCUCCCCUGACUGACUUGUCCUCCGAAAUAGUCUCCCAGCUGAGGGGAAGCAACUACGAGGAACAGGAAGAGAGCGAAGUGAUGACGUGCCCUUUGCAGCGAGCAAUGCUCUCUCUUCUGCGGGAUAAUCCUAAUAAUGUGACAGAAGGUGAGGCUCUGGAGAGUGUCGUCCAUCAUAACAGAUUGGUACUUUUUUUUUUUUUUUUACAGAGUUUAACACAUCGACUGAGUUCCGAAUUUGAAUCAGUGGCCGAACCUGCAUGCCCAGAGCCAGAACCGGAGCCAACCCCUGAACCAGGACCACCAUCAGGAGAAAAUUGUCUCGCUGUCCCUGUUAAUCCCGAGGACACCGUGGAGUUAUUUAAGAUAAGAGUUCGGGGCAAGAGGCUCUGUACGAACAAGGAACCCGUACAAGGCUUGAACACGUGCCACGGGGGCUGUGAAUCGACCACCGAACAGAAAUUCAGAGGAAAAAGGAUGCGUAUGGUGAACACUUGUUCGUGCUGUCAGCCAUCGAAGUUGGAGAAACUCCCAGUGGCCUUGACCUGUGAUAACGGGGCAACCUUCACCAAGACAUUCGAUAACAUCGUGGCUUGUCAGUGCCUGAAGUGCGGUGGGCCCGAAGGCCAACCGAACAAAGAAGGUGGAGAUGACGAGGAAGACGAAGAUUAAAAUCUUUGAAGUGUUGGGGACUCAGCUGGGCUGUUUCCCUUCCCCAACAUGAAGGAAAAAUCGAAAUGGGGAGUUUGUUAGAAGUACGGUGAAUCAAUGUGAUCGUUUCCUGCUUUCAAUGUAGUUUUUUUUAUGGGGGGGAUGAUUCAAAAGUAGAAUUUUGUACUAAGAUAGUAGUUUUCAUUAGAAUUACGGGGAUUAAUGCGUUCGUCUUGUCUUCAAAAGGUAUUUUUAGGGUAGAUGCAAUUAAGAUUAUCUUAUAAGUACAAGGGGCAACAGAAAUACUUGGGUUUAGUCAGUGACAUAUUGAGAAUAUCUAGAUAUUUAUGUCGUCUCAAGAAUUCUAGGCAUAAGUUGUUAGAUCAUUGCCCUUUGGCUACAAGAUAUCCAAAAAUAGAUCAGAAUGAAUGUCUUUUUAAAGGUACGCGGAUUCACUGAUACAAUUUGUCAAUCGUGAUAAAUGAUAAAGUCUGUUUAGAAAUGCAAGAAUCAGUGAUAAUGCAACUGUUCUUUCCAGUAUAUUUUGAAAAUAGCUCACAAUUAUAGUUUCUGUUAGAAGUUCUAGCUAUUAUUGAAAAGACCUUUUUCUUUCUCAGUAAGUUAUAAUUAUAUGUAAAGCUUUAAUAAGAACAAAUUACAGUUUUGCUAGUUAUAUGGAGUCAGUGAGUAUUAAUUGUCCAAAAAUAUUUUGAGAAUGGAUAAAAUGUCUGGCUAAAAAGGAAAUGAAUAAGUGAAAGAAUAAGUUUUCUUAUGAAAUGUGGUAUUUUGAGAGUAUUUAUAACAACAUAAUAUUUUAGGUUAUUAGGAUAUAAGAUCUUCGUUCGUCUCCGUCUCGUUCGGAGGCAGUUUUAUGGUGUAAUUGCUGAUAUAUAAGAAUGAAUCCUGCUCCCCCAGAUUGCUUUCAUAUGCAUGAUCAUUUUUCAUCACAGUUUCAAUAAAUUUCCAGUAUUUCUAUAUUUGACCAUUAUAUUUGGAAAUUUCACAGCAGUCAAUAUCAUGAGAAUAAGUACAUGGUCUUUUUAUGUAAACAUCUAUGAUAAGAAGUAUUAAAAUAAUAAAUAUUUAGAGGACUUAUAACUA